AUGGAAACAUUAGCUGGAGUGUUAAAUGCUCUCAUAAAUACUACAAUAAACAAGGAUAACGAAGAAAACUUAAUGAAUGUUAAACUUAUUGCAGGAGUUUUGAAGUUCAGUUAUGCGAAGGAGUUUAAGAUACCAAGAAUGAGUCAUAGAGUACAACUUCUUUUGGGUGCAUACCAUAUGACAUUUCCUUUGAAAAGUGUUGACAAAACGAUUGAGAUGAAAUCUGUUCCAUACGUAUGUUAUGGCAAUUGUUUGUACAUUGAGUCAAAAAUAGCUAAUGUCACAGGUAUUUCAGGAGUUAAUAGUAAAGGUUCAGUAGAAUAUAAAUCCUUCUGUUAUGCAGUCAAUUCAAUGUUCAUUCCAAACGUUCCUGUCAUAGCAACUCAUUUAGGUAAAUGGGUUCGCAUUAGUCCUCAUAAUUUGAAAGACAUGCAAUUCAGACUUGUUGACUUUCAAGGAGAGCCUGUAGAACUGAAGGCACCAGUGCGAAUGACUGUUGAAGUUGACUUUUUAGAAAAUAUUAAAUGCAACAGCUUACAAGAGA